AUGGGUGAGGACUCUGCGGCCCACGUGCCGCCAAGGGCCAAAAGGCUCCCGUUCAAACCUACAGCUCUGCGCAGACGGGCGUCAACAGCCGGUAGCCCCGUGGCCGACACCAAGGCCGCUGCGGAAGACGAUGACCUGGAUCUGUUUCGCCGGGGCAAGGAGAUGCAGCCCGUGCUGGAGGCGGACCGUGACAGACGGCUCAAGAAGAAGAAGCAGCAGCGGAAAAAGGAGCGGGAGCGGGAGCGGGAGCAGGAGCAGGAGCAGGAGCGGCGGAGAGCGGCGGAGAUGGCUGCCAAGCGACUGCUGGACGAUGGCGCGGCAGGACUGGUUGCUUCCGACGUGCAUCCUCAAGCAUCAUUGAGUGCACACCGGCCAGUCACACCUCUCGCAGCGGGAAAUCGGCAUGGCUUGGACGGGGACAAUAUCAGCGAUAUAAUCACGCCGCCAGCUUCGAAGCGCUCGCGAUUAGAUUCUACUCCAUCAAACAGCAUUAGCUUGGCCUCUACGGCGGCGGAGCCACUCUCUCAUAGUUCGCCGCCAUCCGCUCGAUUCCAGAACCUCAAUGGACAGCCAACGCCGCCGCCGCCGCUCAGCCACCCGCGCGAGAACGGUUUCAAGCCGCGAGCAACGCCGGUUGUGGUAUUCGAAUCUGACGAAGAAAGCUGUUCUGGACAUGAUCGAGGCGACAGCGGCGUCGAGAUAGUGAGCGACCCCCUCGGCGCUACCGACCAAGAUGACGAGUUCGACGAAUACGUUCGCAGAGCCGAGGAGCAACGUGCCAAAGACCAAGCCAUGCUCGCUUCCGUACGAGGUGGCCGAGGUCAAGACGGAGCGGCGGCAAAGGAAACCGUCGAUCUUGUGGUGACAUCACCCGUGCCCGACAGCAAACCUUGCCGGGUCAAGUUUCUGUACGACAAGCCACUUCGGGUCGUCCGUGAUACUUGGUUGGCGCUGCAGAAGCAAAAGGGCGUGCUGCUCGAAGUGGAGACUCGAGAGGAAGUUGUGCUCACAUGGCGCAGGAAAAAGGUGUACGCCGCGUCAACACUACUCCACCUGGGCAUACGGCCAGAGGGCAACGGGAGGAUCAAGGUAGAUGGACCCAGCACCAAGGGCCUCGCGGAGAACAGGACCCGAGUGCACAUGGAAGCAUGGACGGUCGAUCUCUUCCGUCAAAUGGAGCGCGAGGAGGAGCUUCAGCGGCAGAGAGAUGCUGGCGAGCUGUCCGAGGAGGAGGAGCUGGCAGGGCCGAAUGAGGCAGGGCCGCCGACGGCAGAGAUCAAGAUACGAGUCAUUCUCAAGGCUCGGCACCUGGGAGACGUCAAGCUCACGGUCCGGCCGGAAACCACGGUAGAAACACUCAUUACGGGAUUCCGGACCCAGCGAGAACUAGCGCCGGGGAGCGAUGUUGGCAUCUGGUUCGACGGCAGUCGACUGGAAGAGCACGUUACGAUGGAGGAAGCCGAAAUCGACGACAUGGAUACUAUGGAAGUCCAUGUCAAGUAA